AUGCCCAGCUGGCUUCGUAAAGCGCACUCGAUGUCGAGGGCCGAGGGGCGGACUGGCCAAAGUGGAAAAAGCAGGACGACGAAUCCAGACGCCAACAGGAGGCCAGAUGGCGAAAGGCCGCUGUUGAAGGCAUCCACAGACUACGGAAUGUACCAUCCAGUGGCUAAACACGGCCAACUUGACUUGAUACCAGUUUCGAUCAAGGUUUACAAUCUCGACUGGGACGAGUUAUUGCCGGUUCUCAAAGAUGCCUACCCAAACCAGAAAUUCCCGGAAAAUCAGAUGGGGGUCGAGGACUAUUACCAGAUUUUCGUACCCAGAAAGCUCACAGCCGAGGAGGACAAAAGGAUUGACCUCAUCAGAAAGGAACAUCGCAACAGGGUGAACCACGGCUCCGGAGGGAGGGUGAAGAGGGUGGAGCACAGCCCAGACGGACCCCGAAAACCGCUCGCUGGAGGGCUGGGCGAUGGUGGGCUGGGUGAUGCGGCCACGGGCGGUGCCUCCUGA